GACCAAUGAAAUGGGGAAAGAGUCUUGAGCGCAGCCAAGAAGAUUGACGUAAUGGACGCGUCAAAUUAAUCUUGAGCCUUCGGGAUGGACAGAUUUCCUCCUAUGGGACAAAAAUCACUUCAGUCCCUUUGCCCAAACUCGCCGUCUUCGAUCAUCUUACCAGAAAUGAAAGAGCAGAGCUAAAGGAAAAACUCACAGCAAAACCGUUUUCCUCAUCUCAUGUUCAGAGGGGAGAAACUGCACUUUUCGGCCAUUCUUAACUGGUAAAGGACAACAUCUCACACCAAAGGCAAUGGGUAAGCAUACCCUACUGGGCACACACUGGUUGAAUCAACGUUGUUUCCACGUCAUUUCAAUGAAAUUACGUUGAACCAAUGUGGAAUAAACUUUGAAUUGAGUUCUGUGCCCAGUGGGCCAUGAUUGAUUUGGCAUGGACUCAUCAGGAGAACAUUUUUGCAUAAACAGAGAUUUAGAGGUUUUACCAUUAUAUUGCAGUAUCCUAUUCUCAAAUGCGUGCAUCCAUGUAUCAUUCCAAUGGCAGCGUCCAUGUCUCUGUUUCCAUGUAUUUUUAAGACACAUUUGUAUUGAGCUGCUUUCCAAAGUUUGAGAUCAUUAUAGGUUAUUGGACAUUUUAUUUGAAGCCUUAAUGAUGUACGAAUGAUAUAGGUUAGAUCAAGUAUAGGGAAUGGUGCUUUGUAAACUUGAGUGCGCACUGCGCAUUAAGCUAGGCUAUAAACUACACAUGCUAUUGUGGUUAUGCUAUUUGUUUAAAACACCGUAACAUUGCUCUGUCGAGUCAAUGCACCUCAAUGCAAUUCCUAAUUUGUUUCUUGCAGAUCAAACAUAUGGAGAAGUAAACCAGCUUGGCGGGGUAUUUGUCAACGGACGACCACUUCCAAAUUCGAUUCGGAUUAGAAUCGUGGAAUUAGCUCAACUUGGAAUACGACCGUGUGACAUCAGUAGACAGCUUCGAGUCUCUCAUGGCUGUGUGAGCAAGAUACUAGCGAGAUACAACGAGACGGGUUCGAUACUGCCAGGUGCCAUAGGAGGAAGUAAACCCCGGGUUACAACACCCAACGUGGUGAAAAGCAUAAGGGAUUACAAACAAGGAGACCCUGGAAUAUUUGCUUGGGAGAUCAGGGACAGGCUUCUUGCAGAUGCAGUGUGUGAUAAGUAUAACGUUCCCUCCGUUAGCUCCAUAAGCCGCAUUUUACGCAACAAAAUAGGAAAUCUUUCCCAGCCUGGCCAGUAUGAGAACAGCAAGCCAACCCCUCCUCAGCUCUCCUACAACCACAUGUACCCGUACUCAUACCCCAGCGCAAUGUCACCCACUGGGACUAAAAUUGGCAGCGGUCCCGGUAUACCCGUCACGCCGGGCCAUGUCAGCCUCUCCCGCCAUGGCUGGCCUUCCGUGCACACAGUCAGCAACAUUUUGGGCAUCCGUGCCUUCAUGGACCCUGCAGGUUGGUGACAAAAUAAUAUAUUUUGCAUUGAAUUUGACUCUUGCAGCUCAGUUGUUUCUUCAGAAACGGCAGUACUGAGUGCAUACACACUUCUCAAAUCGGCGAUAUUUCCAUAUGCAUAAUUCUUCAAUAUUUACGCAUUAGUGUGGCUUGUCCAUCAAACAGAUAUUUCAUACAAUUCCAUAUGAAUGAGAAAACAACGUAAAACAACCAACUUAUAUUAAACGACAUAGAUUGAUAAAUAAAAUAACAUUAUAGAUUUAACUGUAAAAUAGAGAAACGGUUUUAUGGGCCUAACAGGCUAUGCAUAUAAUAGUCAUAUGCCUACGUUAGUCAUAUAACGAAAGUUAAUAAAUAAUAGCCUAUUGAUAAAGGAGCCAAAUUACACAUCUGAUAUAAAUAUGGAUGCUAAAUCAUCUCGAAAUGUGUCAAUGGUCAAAUAAGGAUAGCCUGUCAGUUUGAGGACUACUUUGUGGUUUGGCUAUUAAUAGGCCUAUUCAUAGUUCUAUAACGAACCUGUAGCCCAUUAUGAACGUUAAUUUAACGUCUUAUUUUAUUUGGGAUGUCAUUGUUUCUCUUCAGAAUAUAGCAUUAUAAUCGCAUGUAAUCAUGCCUCUAUAAGUCCAACAGGCAAACACACAAAUACUAUAGGUGUCACAUCAACAAGAAUGUUUAAAAUAUAACAUCUCAUGAUAGAUCUUACAAAAAACAUGGCAUUGAACACAUUGUGGCCAAAACAUUCGAUCUGAUUUUCGAAAGUAAAUAUUGUUUGAAGUGUGUGUUUAGCGAAGAAUUUCCACACGAAUUUACCUGUUUAUCAUAACAUGUCUUUGUGCAAUAGGAAUUUUGUCCUCAGCAGAGGUAGAUCUGAAAAUAUCGAUAUGUAUCGAAUAAAAACCUAAAGUGGUUUGUAGGCUUAAUAAUGUUAUAUUCUACACUGAAACAUUUUCCACAGCCAUUGCUGGAGCUGAGGGGUACCCAUCAAAAAUGGAGGAGUGGGCGAGCGUAAACAGAGCGACGUUUUCCUCUGCCCAUGGUGUCAACGGAAUAGAGAAAUCCUCCCUAGAGGCAGACAUCAAGUUUCCUCAGGUACAUUUAUGAAUCAAAUACACAAACAAUACACAAACAACGAAUAUGUUCAUAGUUUGAUCAGAAAUCCGUUUCCACUACGUUUCCACUGUAAAUGCAAUGCAUGCAUAAAAGUGUUGGGGCGUUUUGCUUCUCUGUGCUUAAAAUGCGUUUUUUUUUUUUUUCCUUUCCAGUCUUCUUCAAACCUAUCUAGUUAUGUCCCUGCUUGUGCCUACUCUCCCCCAAACCAAUACGGGGUGUAUGGUGGACCAGCAGGUAACUAUAUGACAACUGGACACCACUGGCAGUCUCAGAGCACGAGCCUGGCCCACCCCAACAGCGAAGCAACGAUGCAAGGUGGAGACCUCCACAUGGCAAUGUCCUUCAAACACUCAGCACGAGAAGGUAAGCCAUGUAGUCUGAGUACUUAGCUAUACGUUUUUACAUUUCAAAUCUUCAGGUGAUAUUUGAAUGAAGAACAAUGGCAGGCACGGCUAAGGAAGCUGUCAAUCAAACACCAGCAAUUUGUAAAUGCACUCGUCAAAAAAAAGAUUACACCCUGUGGGUCGAAAGCUAACGAUCCAACAGUAUGUUCCUAAUUAGGGGGUCGAGGAAGACAACGGUUGACAUUUAAAUAAUGUUGUAUGUAAUAACAGGCCAUAGGCUUCGGCCAUAGGCUAAACAGAGCAGGCGCUGCGCUGGGCGACUCAUAAGGAAACCAUUAAGUCCUCUGAGAGAAGACAUUGUAUGUGUAGGCUACUUUAUUUACUGUGCAAGUCGUUCUGGCCUAUAGGUAUAGCACAUCAGUACCCACUCAGGUGAUGACUGUAGGCCUAUAGGUGUAGCUGAUCAGGAAGAAACCAUUAAUAAUAUUUGAAUAGGCCGAUUUAUUUACUAUAACGAUUUCGACGUUUGGGCCUACAUAUUCAUAAAAAUAUAAAGUAGCAAUUAUGAUGUUCAAAUGAUGUCUAUUCAAUUUGCGAAGAAAAGUUAGGCUACAUUAUGUUCCUAUUUUCAAGCUUUUAUUGCGUUUGCUUUUUAACGACGGAUACGCCGAUAUGGAAGGUUUUUCUUUUUACAGAUACAAAUGUCAUUGAGGGGUACAACCAUGAAAUUAGCGAUGUCAAUACAUUCGACUUAUUCCUAUGGAGAAAAAAAACGUCAUGAAGAUAUAGCCUAAUUCACGUUAAACCAAUGAGCACCAUUUUACAUUAAAUGCUUGAGUAUACCCUGUUGGAAAAUCGAUGCUGCUGUUUAUCCAAUCAUUUUGAUGUCAGUUGCUUGGCCUAUAGCCUUAUUAUAUUUUUUAGAAGAUACUGUUUUUGUGAAGGAAGAUUGCUACAUAUACUGAACAAAAAUAUAAAAGCAACAUGCAACAAUUUCAACGAUGAAGUUUUUCCCCACAAAAGGGCUUUAUUACAGACAGAAAUACUGAUCAGUUUCAUCAGCUGUCCGGGUGGCUGGUCUCAGAAGGUCCCGCAGGUGAAGAAGCCGGAUGUGGAGGUCCUGGGCUUGCGUGGUUACACGUGGUCUGCGAUUGUGAGGCCGGUUGGAUGUACUUCCAAAUUCUCUAAAAUGAGGCGGCUUAUGGUAGAGAAAUUGAACAUUUAAUUAUUUGGCAACAGCUCUGGUGGACAUUCCUGUAGUCAGUACCCAAUUGCAUGCUCCCUCAAAACUUGAGACAUCUGUGGCAUUGUGUUGUGUGACAAAACUGCACAUUUUAGAGUGGUCUUUUAUUGUCCCCAGCACAAGGUGCACAUGUGUAAAUAUCAUGCUGUUUUAUCAGUUUAUUGAUAUGCCACACCUGUCAGGUGGAUGGAUUAUCUUGGCAACGGAGAAAUGCUCACUAACAGGGAUGUAAACAAAUUUGUGCACAACAUUUGACAGAAAUAAGCUUUUUGUGCAUAUGGAACAUUUCUGGGAUCUUUUAUUUCAGCUCAUGGGACCAACACUUUAAAUGCUGCGUUUAUAUUUUUGUUCAGUAGUAUAUUAGGCCUACAAUACAAUGGACAAAUAUGAUUCCAUAACCAUUUGAUAGGCUACUAUUGACAGUCCAAUAACCUUGAUCUAUGUCAGAUGAGACAUGAAAGACUACUCUGUCUAGAUAUCGCAAUAAUUUAAACGGCCAGCAAUGCCAUAUCUCUGUUGCUGCAGUUAUGGUGAAGUAUGGCGUUUUCUUUGGAGAUUGUGUUGCGAUAUCUGCUCUCCUUGCCACGGCAUUGGGACCAACAGCUAACAUGCUUUUGUGUGCCCACUGUUCUGAUGAUGGAUAGAAUUACGACUUAUUUGUUCCAUGAACAUAUCUCUUGUUUGUUUUUCGCAGGAGACAGAAAACCUCCCAGUCCCUUGAGCAAGCCCCAGCACGAGGCGUUGAGCGUACACGGACUAUCUCUCCGGACCUCAGCUUCAUAGCCCAACGAAACCAACGGACCGUCAAGAUCACAGGCAAUGUAGCCUAAAGAAAAUGCGUACAAUUAAAGGAUUUCAAAAAACGAAUAAUCCACUAGUAAGUGACGAACCUAAAUUUUCAACAUCAUUCGGUGUAAUUGCAUUGCAUGCCAAUAGGCUAAAAAUGUAAAAUAAUCGAAUGUCGACAUGAAUGUUGGUACAGUCUUGUUCACCUGCACCAAUGCAGCGGUGUUGAUUAGGACUUCAUUAUUAUAUCUUUAAUAUUCCACUCAUUCAAAACUCAUCCCAAUCGAAAUUGUGUAAAACUAAUUAUGUAGCCAGCCUAAUUGUCUUGAGGUCACAUUGUUUCUCAUGACAGAUGAUAGAUAGUCCUGCAUGCUCUCUGGGUUCAAACAAACGUGAACAAUCUCUAUUUGUUAGGCCUAUGUCCUGAAAGGGAAAGUUCAAAAUGUUAGCAAUAUCAUGUAGGCCUAUUUGUAAUUUUGUAAAUUAAAUCCGCAAAAGCUGUAUUAUAUAUUUUUAUAGCCUAACUGUGCUUAAUAAAGGCAUGCUAAACGGGAAA